CCCUAGGAGCCCCGACUGGCUGCUGGGAAAGGAAGCGGGGCGGCGGGGACAGAGGCCACCCCUCCCAGCGGCCGCCGCUGCAGCUGCCGCCACCACUACCACUGCCGCGGCCGCACCCAGGCUGCAAGGAGCAGCGGCGCCCUCGCGGAGGAAGGCGCGGUCGGGCCAGGGAGCUGGAAGAGGAGGAGACGCUGGAGCCCUGUGGACGCAGGCUAACAACACGCUGACCAGCAGGGGGCGCUCGUCCAGGCUGACUCCCGACCUGCACCCAACACGCCCAGCCCCAGGCGCAGCAGGCAGGUUCCCAGGCCCAGCUGGAGAGAUGGGAAAUGCUGCCAUCCACCGAGGCCCCCAGCGAGCCAGGAUGCGGUGCUCAGAAUGCGUCCAGUCACAGGGCCCACUUCUCAGAUGGCGCCUGGAGGAGCCUGGCAGGAAACAUUACUGGGGCCAGCCCGUCAAGACCCCACCCCUGAGCCUUCUUCAACUGUUGAGCGCUCCAGAACUCAGAGGCCUGGCAUCAGAGACGUGGUGAGAAGUCCUCAAGACAGAUUGUUGGUUCACAGGAGAGCAGGGCGGAGGGAAGGCCUGAAGGGCAGUGGCCCCAGCGGCGGGAGCAGCGGUGGUACUAACGGUACCUCCUUCAGUUACACAUUCCAUGGAGACCCUCAUGCCAUGUUUGCUGAGUUCUUCGGUGGCCGAAAUCCCUUUGACAACUUUUUUGGGCAGCGCAACGGGGAGGAAGGCAUGGACAUCGAUGACCCGUUCUCUGGCUUCCCCAUGGGCAUGGGUGGCUUCACCAACAUGAACUUUGGCCGCUCCCGCCCUGCCCAAGAGCCCACCCGAAAGAAACAAGAUCCCCCCGUCACCCAUGACCUUAGGGUCUCACUUGAAGAGAUCUACAGCGGCUGUACCAAGAAAAUGAAAAUCUCUCAUAAGCGGCUGAACCCCGACGGAAAGAGCAUUCGCAAUGAAGACAAAAUCUUGACCAUCGAAGUGAAGCGGGGGUGGAAAGAAGGGACCAAAAUCACCUUCCCCAAGGAAGGAGACCAGACUUCCAACAACAUUCCAGCCGAUAUUGUCUUUGUUUUAAAGGACAAGCCACACAAUAUCUUUAAGAGAGAUGGCUCUGAUGUCAUUUAUCCAGCCAGGAUCAGCCUUCGGGAGGCUCUGUGUGGCUGUACAGUGAAUGUCCCCACUCUGGACGGCAGGACCAUACCCGUUGUGUUCAAAGAUGUCAUCAGGCCUGGCAUGCGGCGAAAAGUUCCCGGAGAAGGCCUCCCUCUCCCGAAAACGCCCGAGAAACGCGGGGACCUCAUUAUUGAGUUUGAAGUGAUCUUCCCUGAAAGGAUCCCCCAGACGUCAAGAACCGUUCUUGAGCAGGUUCUUCCGAUAUAGUCAAUCCGUGUUCCCCAAGGACUGACCAGGGACCUUUCCAGAGCUCAAGGAUUUCCUGACCGUUCCACCAGCUGGGGACCCGCGAGAGGGAGGGAGGGCCCAGGGAGGGCUUUCAUACUGCUGAAUGUUUCCCAGAGAAUAUAUUACAAUCUUUCAAAGUCACGUACUAGACUAAAGUUGUUUUUCGAGCGGUAGGGCGGUAGGUGGCGGGGACAGCAGGCAAAGGCAGUGCAGUCUGCCCCACUGGGUCCUUGCAGCCCUCCUGGGUGGGCAGCACCCCCCUCCUCCCUCUCCAGGCCCUGCCCCGGGGGAGAGGCAGACCGCGGACCCACAGCUGGACUUGAUCCCCCUGUUGUAGUCCCUCCGCUUGCAGACAUCCUGGGGUGUGGACCUGCCUUCAUGGUUACCAGACCCUGUACACUCCUGAGUUUCUGUUGUGUGAUCAGUUCGUGUUUUAUUCUGUAUUUGUCUCCCCCAUCUUGCCUUUCCCCUAUGCCAUCUCAAAUUGAGAAUCUCAACUCUGGUUGUUGAACUGCCUGGCCAGCUCCCACAAGCAAUACCUCCCUUGUUCCAGCAGGACCAAGGGAGCCGGCCUUCACUGAGUGAGUAACUUGUGCAGCUGCCUCUCCCUCAAGGGUGGGGGACCUUGGCUGGAGUCUUGACCCCGGGCUCCCAGACAGAGAUCUUCACCUUCCUUUGCUGUGAGGCAAUCUAUUGGCACACCUGGGAUUUCCCUGUGACCCAGGUCAUUUUUUUUGUUCAAUGGACUCUGGACUCUCUCAAAAGGAUCUGAUCCUUUUGAAUUUUGCACAGCCCUAGCUAUAAUCCCUUUUGAUAAAAGGGUCUUUGCUUCUGAUUACAGGAGCACUGUGGAACGCCUGUAAAUAUGUUUUUAUAAUUCUGUGUAAAGUUGGUGUGCAGUCAGACAAAACCGGUCCACAGCAGCUGCUGCUCUCUGUAUAGGGCCAUGAUGGAACUGAGAAAGAACCUGGUGGGAGUGGGGGGGCGGGAGGGUGUUGGAACAAGUGUUUGUUCCUUGCAGGUCAGUCUGGUGCUCAGACUUUUAGACUCAUUGUAAGUUGCCACUGCCAACACAAGACCAAAGCGUGUGACUUGUCAAUGUGCAGCGUGACAGCAUUAAAGACUGAUGCUAAACCUCA